GUGCGUAAUCACUACCGGUAUCUUCACAAACCCUAGCCCUCUUUAUAUUCCCGGGCCUUGGCUGUUCCUCGGCCGAAGCACGCGAGUCCGAGCGCUUCAGGAGGAGCAGAGGGGAAGGCCGCGGCGCUUAGGAGGACAAAAUGGCUAGGGGAUUGAAGAAGCAUUUGAAGAGGCUCAAUGCCCCAAAGCAUUGGAUGCUGGACAAGCUUGGUGGUGCUUUUGCCCCCAAACCAUCUUCUGGCCCACACAAGGCUCGUGAAUGUUUACCAUUAAUCCUUAUCCUAAGAAACAGAUUGAAAUAUGCUCUUACUUACCGUGAAGUCAUUGCAAUUCUAAUGCAACGACAUGUACUGGUUGAUGGAAAGGUCAGGACUGACAAAACCUAUCCAUCUGGUUUCAUGGAUGUUGUAUCGAUACCAAAAACAAAUGAGAAUUUUCGGCUUCUUUACGACACCAAGGGGCGUUUUCGUCUCCACUCAAUCAGAGAUGAGGAGGCUAAGUUCAAGCUAUGCAAGGUCCGGUCUGUUCAGUUUGGGCAGAAAGGCAUUCCUUAUCUGAAUACUUAUGAUGGUCGUACAAUUCGUUAUCCUGACCCCCUUAUCAAGGCAAAUGACACCAUUAAGCUGGAUCUGGAGACUAACAAGAUUGUAGAUUUCAUCAAGUUUGAUGUUGGAAAUGUUGUGAUGGUAACCGGUGGAAGGAACAGGGGCCGUGUUGGUGUCAUAAAGAACAGGGAGAAGCACAAGGGUAGUUUUGAGACUAUCCACCUCCAAGACGCAACCGGUCAUGAGUUUGCAACUCGCCUUGGCAAUGUCUUCACCAUUGGCAAGGGGACGAAGGCAUGGGUUUCCCUUCCUAAAGGCAAAGGUAUCAAGCUCAGCAUCAUUGAGGAGGCUAGGAAGCGACUUGCUGCCUCUGGUGCAGCUGCCACUGUCUGAUCAUAUUGCUUGCUUUCAUAUUUUGUCUGGGAUACUUGGAGUUCUUUGUGGACGUGUGGGGGGAUGUUGCAAAUCCUUGCAUCUGAUUUUGGUAGCUAAACUUUAAUUUAGUUUUCUUUGAUUGGCAGCUAGUCUUUGGUUGUGUUUUAUUACAUCUGCUCUUACAAUAGUUUUCAUGACUUUUGGUUAUUUGUGUUUAUCUUAUCCUUCAGCAAUUUGGUGAUGAUUAUAUCAGUUAAAAUUUGGUAUCAAAUGUGCUGUUGCUGUUUACGCUUCUAAUUCUAGCUGUUUGUACCUUUUCAUUUUUUGUAAACAAACGUGUGCUUGUAGUAUGUGAUAGCCAUUGACUGGUGCUGCUUGCAAAAUUCUGAGUCAA